AAAUCCAAGGUGACUUUGGUCCGGUGGCUUCCGCGCACCGAGCGCCUCUUCCUGGCGUCCCACGCCAGCGGCCACCUCUACCUGUACGACUCGGAGCAGCCGUGCGGGGCCACCUCGCCCCAGUACAGCCUCGUCACGCGGGGCGAGGGCUUCAGCGUCUUCUCCUGCAAGAGCAAGACCCCCCGCAACCCCCUCCUCAAGUGGGCGGUGGGCGAGGGGCCCCUCAACGAGUUCGCCUUCUCGCCCGACGGCCGCUCGCUCGCCUGCGUGAGCCAGGACGGCUGCCUGCGGGUCUUCCACUUCGCCUCCAUGCUGCUGCAGGGCAUGAUGAGGAGCUAUUUCGGGGGGCUUCUCUGCGUCUGCUGGAGCCCAGACGGGCGUUACGUGGUCACGGGGGGCGAGGACGAUUUGGUGACCGUGUGGUCCUUCGCCGAGGGGCGGGUGGUGGCCCGAGGGCGCGGCCACAAGUCCUGGGUCAACGCCGUGGCUUUCGACCCGUUCGCCGCUUCUUCCUCCUCCUCCUCCUCCGCGCCGCCGCCGCCGCCGCCGAGGGAGGAGGAGGAUGAUGAGGAGGAAGAGGAGGAGGAGGAGGAGCAGCCCCUUGAGGAGGGGAGGGACCCCCAGGCUCAACCCCCCGUCUCGUAUCGCUUCGGCUCGGCCGGGCAGGACACGCAGUUUUGCCUCUGGGAUCUCACCCAGGACGUGCUGGACCCCCGCCCGCGACCCCCGCAACCCCCCCGAGCCCCGGAACCCCCCCGAGCCCCGGACCACCCCCCUCGAGCCCCGGACCACCCCCCUUCUGCCCCGCCGGGGGGGUUGCCGCGCUCGCUGUCGCGCUCCAACAGCCUCCCCCAGCCCGGGGGUCCCUCCUCGGGCCCCCCCGCGGGAGGAGGAGCCGGUGCGGGAGGGGUCGGCGGGGGUCGUUUCGCCACCCUGACGCUGCUGCGCGACCACCCCCGCGGGCAAAACCCCCCCCCUCGGCCCGAGGUCGGGGGGGAGCAGCAGCAGCAGCAGCAGCAGCACAAGCGCUACCACAGCCUGGGCAACAUCAGCAGGGGCGGCGAGAAGCCCCCCGGGCUGGGAGGGGGGUCCCGGGGUGGUCCCGGGGCGGGGAAGGUGCUGGGCACGGCGCUGUGCCCGCGGCUUAACGAGGUGCCGCUGCUCGAGCCCCUGGUGUGCAAGAAGAUCGCCCAGGAGCGGCUCACGGUGCUGCUCUUCCUCGAGGAUUGCAUCGUCACCGCCUGCCAGGAGGGGCUCAUCUGCGCCUGGGCGCGGCCGGGGACCCCC